ACCAUCUCCACCCUGCUCUCGAGAUGAGCCAAGGGCCACAUGGCGAGGUGCUAAGCUCCUUGAUAGCUUGAUUCCUCCUCCAUGUGCUGUGUGAUAAAACUUUUCCAUGGACCUCGCCUCUGGAGUCACGCCACAUGCUUGGGCUAUGGAAUCUCGUGUGGCACACCCUCAAAAAUGCACCUUGGCCAACUUGAGAAGGAGACGCCUCUUCAGCCUGUGAGGUUGGCCCUGUUGAGAACCAAGGGUGUCAUUAAAAUUAAUUGUGAGUUUCAGAAUGCUAAUAACCCCGGCAGGUUUUUUAAAAUAGUGACACCUGAAGGUCCGGCUGCACAUUAGGUGCUCAGAAGGACGUACUGCUCCUCGGCUCCACUUGUCUAUUCCUCCCAUUGCUCCACAACCUGAUCUACUUCCUUUGCCCGUUUCCUUUGCCCGGAUUUCUUGAGGGAUUAGCAGGCUGAGAGAGGAUCUCGGUGGAAGAUGAAUCACAUGGACUCCAUCUUCAAAAAGGUAGGAUAAGGGGAAGAGGGAAAACCGUGAUGGAGUAUAUGAGCACCGACAGUGACCAUAAGCAGGAAAUUGACUUAUUGCUAACAGACUUAAAUAUGUCUGAAGUGAUUGACAUCAUGGAGAACCUUUACCCAAAUGGAGACCUUGCCGUUUACGAAGACAGCCUCCUUGCCCUGUGUCCGGAGACGAACAAGAACGAGGAGCGCGCCGAAUCCUUACUGUUCAGCGGAAGGGAAGUUCCGUCGUUGUCGUCCGUCAAGUACGGGACGGUGGAAGACUUGCUGGCUUUUGCAAACCAAGUGUCUAACACUGCCAAGCAGUUUUGCCGGCCCAGGAGACAAGAGUCUGGAAUCAUAUUAAAUAUGAUCAGUCCAAAAAAUGGGCGCUAUCAAAUUGACUCCGAUGUGCUCCUGUUUCCAUGGAAGCUAACCUAUAGAAAUAUCGGGACUGACUUUAUUCCACGGGGAGCAUUCGGGAAAGUCUACUUGGCACAAGAUACAGAAACCAAAAAGCGCAUGGCUUGCAAACUGGUCCCAGUGGAACAGUUCAAGCCAUCGGAUGUUGAGAUCCAGGCCUGCUUCCGCCAUGAGAAUAUUGCCGAACUUUACGGAGCCAUUUUGUGGGACGAGACAAUCCACCUCUUCAUGGAGGCAGGAGAAGGAGGCUCUGUCCUGGAGAAGGUGGAAAGCUGUGGGCCUCUAAGAGAAUUCGAGAUCAUUUGGGUGACAAAGCAUAUCCUCAAGGGACUUGAGUUUCUUCACUCUAAGGGAGUUAUACACCAAGAUAUAAAACCCAGCAACAUUGUUUUCAUGUCAACCAAAGCAGUUCUGGUGGACUUCGGUCUGAGCGUUCAAAUGACGGAAGAUGUUUUCUAUCCCAAAGACCUCCGUGGAACAGAGAUUUACAUGAGCCCAGAAGUGAUCCUUUGCCGAGGCCACACUACAAAAGCCGACAUCUAUAGCCUGGGAGCAACAAUCAUCCACAUGCAGACUGGCAUCCCACCAUGGGUGAAUCGCUAUCCCCGUGCGGCAUACCCCUCCUACCUCUACAUAAUCCACAAGCAAGCGCCACCUCUGGAAGACAUUGCUGAGGACUGCAGUGCUGGCAUGAGGAGGUUGCUGGAAGCUUCUCUGGAAAGGAACCCAAACCAAAGACCCUCUGCCACAGAGCUGCUUAAGCACGAGGCCCUGCACCCCCCUCCGGAGGAACAGCCCCGGUGUCAGAGCCUGGACUCGGCACUCUUUGAAAGGAAAAGGCUGCUGACCAGGGAGGAGCUGGAGCUGCCAGAAAACAUUGCUGAUUCUUCAAGUCUUGGGAUUACCGAGGAAUCGGAACUGCUAAAGAGGCAGCGAUCGUUGUACAUAGACAUUGGAGCAUUAGCAGGCUACUUUAACAUUGUCCGGGGAACAACAACGCUAGACUACGAAUAAAUCUGAGGAUCUCUUGUGCUGGACAGAAGGAGAUAAUACCUCUUAUAGGACUAACUGCUUUUGAAGAAGAGUGCAAUCGGUUUUUAUCACUUGAAGGAUUUUCUAAAGCUAACCCUUUUGGGAAUUCUGACCAGUAUAUAAUGAUCACCGCUGUCUUUACGUUCUGGAUGAAAGCAAACGUCAACAGAUUACUUGUUUUGUUGGCAUAUGGUGUGUGUCUUGCGUGCACACAUCAUUUGUGAUUUGAAUAAUGUUCAGUGUGU